AUGGGAAUGAACAUUAAUUUCAGUCGCAAUCAAUAUUUGUUGCUUGGGGUAGUGUGCGGUUUUCUUUUUAGCUACUAUUCACCGCAUGAUUAUGCCGAAUAUGUAGCAGAGUGCCCGGAAAUGACGGAAAAUACAGAUAUGCUACAAACCUUUGAGCAUAACAACGAAUUCGAACCGCAACUCAACUUAGAGCAGAAACCAAUGAUAGCAAAGAAGGUGGUUAAAAAUAUUAUACGCCCGCGAUACUAUUACUCCGAACUGGGAAUAAGAGAAAAAUUGUUCGUGGGAGUUCUGACAACGACAGAAAAUGUUGACACUUUUGCUACUGCAAUCAACCGUACCGCUGCUCAUCUGGUGAAUAAAAUAAAAUUCUUCAUUCACGCGGAUAAUGUAAAGUCUAACUUCAACCUGAAAAACAUCGUGGGGUUUACAGACACCCGAGAACAUCUACGACCGUUUCAUAUGCUCAAAUACUUGGCGGAUAACUACCUAGACGAGUACGACUUCUUUCUGCUACUGAUGGAUACGACGUACGUGAAUGCUCGUACGGUACGACGGCAACUCCAGCAUCUUAGCGUUACCCUUGAUGUGUAUAUGGGAACAAAUCUAGACGAAACUUCGUACAACAAUGGCAAAAUCGACGAAUCCUCGCGUAAUGAGUACUGUGAUCUGCAUGCCGGCAUUAUACUGAGCAGUGGUGUGAUUAGAAAAAUCAGGGCGAAUCUUGAUUGGUGUGUUCGCAAUUCUGCCUCGAACAACUAUAGCAGCAACAUCGGGAAGUGUGUAAAAUAUUCGACAAAAAUUAAAACUUGUCAUCAAUCCUGGCAGGGUAUCGAUAUUACCAGCUACCAUCUGAACAGCUACAAAAUCUACCGCGAUUUCCAUCUAAUAGUAAAAGAAGAGCAAUUUAACAAUGCAGCAACAAUUUAUCCUGUCACUUCGACUGAUGACUUCUAUCUGCUGCAUGCGUAUUUCUCACGCCUUCAUCUAAAGCAAAACAGUGAAGUAAAGCGAAUGCUACUUGAAGAAGCAAUGCAAAUUUCUAAUGGCACGCUGUCGAAUGACAUCCUUGAAGUACGGUGGCCACUAGGUGUGCCGAAGUCCAAUCCUCCAGAAUCACGACACGACGUCGUCCCUUGGAUAGCGCUUAAUACAACACAUUCGUUCAUGUGGAAUUCCGAGGUGAAUAUUCAACGCUUAUCAGCAGUCGACGAAGAGGAUAUGCGAAACGUUUUGAAUAAAACAAUUUUAGAAGCAACACGACGCAAUCCGGAAGCACAAUUUCGUGGUAUCCACACUGCUUACAAGCGUUUCGAUGCCGUUCGGGGGAUGGAUUACCGACUGUUACUAAAUUUCUAUGACCAAAAGCUUAAAAAGAUGGUACAAAAAAACUUUGAGGUAAUCAAACCUAUUAGCUUGAUCGAAAUUGUCCCUUCGCCGUAUGUUACUGAAAGCACACGUGUUGCGAUGCUGCUGCCAACGUUUGAGCAUCAAGUACUUGAAACCGAACAAUUUCUUGAGAGCUACGAGAAAACAUGCAUGGACAAUCAGGAUAAUACUUUUUUGAUGUUAAUAUUUCUGUAUCGAGCAGAGACUCCUAGCAAAGGGGAUGAGGAUGUAUUUCUUCCAUUGAAAAAUAUUGCCUUAGCACUGACGGAAAAACACAAGCAGGAUGGUUCAAGAGUGGCCUGGGUGUCGAUUCGGUUACCCGUAGAAGUAAAUUCAAAAGAUAGUAAUAAUAACCGGUAUUACAGCUCGUUCUACGGUCCGCUCGCACAUAUGAGCUUUGCCGCAGUCGACCUAGCUUUACGCAAGAUAGGGCUAGAAAGUUUGGUGAUGCUGUGUUCAAACGCAGCCUCAUUCCGACCAGACUUUCUUAAUCGUGUUCGGAUGAAUACCAUUCAAGGCUUCCAGGUGUAUAGUCCUAUUGGCUUCAUGAUGUAUCCAUGUGAGUGGACAGAGUUGUGCAAACCGUGUGAAAACUGUGAUGUUGGUCAAAGUAGUGGUUACUUCGACAGGGCUAACUAUGAUGUAGUAUCAUUUUACAGCAAUGAUUACGUGUACGCACGUAAGCAGCUAGAACAAGUGUUACCAAUCGUUCGCAGCGAUCGUGACAUAGUGAAUCUACUGUCAAUGAACUCAACACAGCCCAACAACAGCGUUAUGAUACAGAAUAUAAUAGACCUGUUUACGAAGAGCAAUAGUAAGAUACAUGUUCUACGGGCGAUUGAACCGAACCUUCGAUACGGACGAAGCAUAUCUAACUUUCUAUCAAAUGAUCCUUAUGGUGAACAGUUUUCUAAGUUGCAUUGUCCUGAAGAAGCGGAUCGGAUGGAAUGCAUUCGAAUUGCAUCAAAAAAGCAAAUAGGAGAUGUUUUUGUACAAUAUAGUAAACAAUUUGAAACCCCCUGA